CGACAGUGUUGCCCUCUCGUCGCCAGAGGAAGAACCUCGGUGGGUGCAGUUGAUGUUAGCUGUUAGCGAACAACACGAACAAGACGUUGCCUUGCCAAAAGAACAAUCCCCGGCGCCGCUAAACGGGAUCGUGGAGUUUUAAUCGAGCCACUCCGACGACCGCUUCGCCAAGAUGAGCUUUCUAUUCAGUAGUCGCUCAUCCAAGACCUUCAAGCCCAAGAAGAACAUCCCAGAGGGCUCUCAUCAGUAUGAACUGUUGAAACAUGCUGAGGCCACGCUGGGCAGUGGGAACCUGAGGCAGGCGGUCAUGCUGCCGGAGGGAGAAGAUCUCAAUGAGUGGAUCGCAGUCAACACGGUGGAUUUCUUCAACCAGAUCAACAUGCUGUACGGCACCAUUACAGAGUUCUGUACUGAGGCCAGCUGCUCAGUCAUGUCUGCUGGCCCCAGAUAUGAGUACCACUGGGCUGAUGGCACCAACAUUAAAAAGCCUAUCAAAUGCUCCGCACCCAAGUACAUUGAUUAUCUGAUGACUUGGGUUCAAGAUCAGCUGGAUGAUGAGACACUUUUCCCCUCUAAGAUUGGGGUGCCGUUUCCCAAGAACUUCAUGUCUGUGGCCAAAACCAUCCUGAAGCGCCUUUUCAGGGUUUAUGCACACAUCUACCAUCAGCAUUUUGACUCUGUGAUGCAGCUGCAGGAAGAGGCUCACCUCAACACCUCCUUCAAGCACUUCAUUUUCUUUGUCCAGGAAUUCAACCUUAUCGACCGGCGAGAGCUCGCCCCCCUGCAGGAUUUGAUCGAGAAGCUCGGUUCCAAGGACAGAUAGACAUUAUAUGACACUCCUCUCCUGACUUUUAUGCUGUUACUUUUAUGCUUUUGAACAUUUUUUCUUUUUGCCACUCCCCCUUCUCUCGGCCUCUGCUACCUCUGUGACGUCAGGUCUCAACUCUGUGUGCCUUCUUGUCAUUCCUCUCAGCUGAACAUUUGGAUUGUACUAUUUCUUUUGAUCCAUUUGCUGUCUUUUACGUCUCCCCGACCCUUCUCCCCAUCUUUAUUUUGUCCUUUUGAAUAUGAAUUAACAUUAUGUAAUCAAUGUAUUAUUUGCUGGACUGAUUAAUAAGAUAAAAAGUGUUUUGUUUACUUUUUAAUUGGACCAAGAAAUUUUGAAAGUAGAAAUGAGCUGCAUGUUCUUUACAAGCUGGCUAACGUUGUUUUUUUUAUAUUCAAUGUCAUUCUGUUUUGACUGAACAAAUGUCAAAUUCUUACAUUUCAAUCACUUAUUGCUAUACAGUUUGUGUUAAGUGAAACAUUUUAAGAAGUAAAUGGGUGAAUCUAAUCACGUUACAUUUUUAGUGCAAAUUGAAGACGGUUCCUGUGCUUGAUGCCAUGUAAGCAAUACAAUGCAUUGACGAGUGAUUGCGAGAAGCCUUUUUCACUUGUAUGACUGCAUUUGUACAUUUGAUAAGGUUUGUUUCCCAUUAUUAUAGAAAGUAAAAUACAAGAAACAGAAUAGGGCUUCCAGUAAACAGCUGUAUAGUGAAAAUAUGAUCUAUAGACCGAAUGCAAAUUUGUAGGGAAAUUAGUUUUGUUGUUGUUAUUGGGUUAUUUCUUUUGUGCCGAUCAUUUGUGGAACUCUGGGUUGUCUUGCAUUUCCUCAAUGUUGGUACUUAUUUCCCCGAAAGUUAACAACUAUUGCCUCUUUGCGCCAAGAGGGCAGAAAUAUCGUAAAUAUAAUGGCUGUGAUCCUGUCUUGAACUCGGGCUACAGCAGCAGGGCUGUCUGUGUGUACUGCCAUCUUUUUACCAAACAAUUGCAGCUGGGAUUCUAAUGGGUGGGUUUUGGAUUUGGCAACGUUGACUGCAAAUGGACCUUAAUUUCUGAGAUAGACAUUUAAGAACAUCAGGAACCAGCAGCUGCCAUCUGGUGCAGUAACUAGUCAUAAUAUUUCAGUAAUUAUAAUGCUUAAAAGCCCUUUGAGUUUUAUUUAAUUACAGGAAACAUGUUGAAUCUUGUCCCAUAUGUAGCGAGCCACAUUUCAUAUUUUUGUACUGGUAGAAUUAGAGAAAGAACAAGGGCUUGCAAGGAAGUAGACUGUUUUAUUGAAUCCUUUGGUGGUCAUUUUGACUGGUAGGGGGUGCACAAAUGUACUGUGUCCAAACAUUUGUUGUAAAUAAGAUCAGCAUUUUUACCUGAUAAAACUGUGCCUUUACAUUAUUGAAAUGUCUUGAUAUGAUGGUAUUGGCAGAUUUGAAGCUCAAUAAAAACAAUAAAAGGACAA